CUCGCCGUUCCUCAACCAGAACUCUUCAUCACUACACAACAUUUUCCCUCCUAAGGCAAGAACGACGAAUCCUCUCUGCACGCCAUUAGCCUUGACAGAAGAUCACAAUGCCGCAAUCAGAAGAUGGCUCUGAUGACCUACCUCUUCUCUAUAGCGAACUCUCCGAGAAAGACAAUGGGAUGAACUGCUGGAUCGCUGAUCUUCCACAACGACGUCGAAUGAUCAUUCUCGCAAGCUUGUUGUCCUUUUUCGCCACUACCUCCAUCAUGCUGGGCAUCCUCGCGGUAGCCCACCGGGUGCUUCUAAGCCAGCCGCUCCUCUGGGAAUAUUCCAUCGGGAGUCAAAGACCUGGCACGGUGUCGUGCGGAACAUCGACAGCAGAAGCAGUGUCUCGGGGCUGCAUGUUCGACGAGCUACAGAUGAGUUGGAUGCCGCAGAAGUGUACGCGUAGCUACCGCGACCAGUACAUGGUAGCCAAUGAUGGCGGUCCCUUUCUCUAUUGGAUCGAUAGGACAGGAAAGGAGUUACUCGAUGAUCCAUCGCUCCAUGCUGGCAACGGGAGUAUAUUCUGGACAUCAAGGAGGAAUCACAUCGUCCAUUGUCAAUACAAUCUCUAUCGCCUCGCCGAUGUCCUCAGAUCCGGCGAUUAUAUCGGUCACGAUGAUGGUCAGACACUUUCAGACCACAUGCACCAUUGUGUCAUGACUAUGGCGGAAUAUGCAUUGAAGGCACCUGCACAUCAGUUGGACGUCACUGAUAUAAUCACAGAAGCUGGAUUCGCUUACUGCUGAGGCUGUGAUUGUGGGAGGGUAAUCUUGAAUAGAACACUGCGAUAACAGUAGCUGUCGUUGCACAAUGAAACAUCAGACCAAGG